UACUUUGAUGUUCUGUAGACAACAUUGGUUGUGGACUUGGGGAAACGCCAUCUUGCCAACAGAUGAUGUGAUGCAUAAAAGCACACGAGACUACCCCGCAGUUAACCCUCAUCAAUAAACUUGUAUAUAUAAGCGUGAAAAGGGUACUGGGUGCUUAUCAGUGGUUGUUUGGGCUAGUGGGAAGAGAAUAUAAGUACUCGGGGUCAUUCGUCGGCAAACAGAGCAACGUUCAGGGGAUUAGACGAAGUAUAUAACAUUCUGCCAAAUCAACCCGAAUCAUGGCGCCAAUUGCAGUACCGAUCACCGAGAGCAUCGUAGAUACCGUGCAGCCGAAGAAAGAUACUCUGCCUCUCCCAGACGCAGUUCGAGCCCGCUUUGAAAAGGCCAACAUUGAUCUGUCCAACGGAUAUCCUUAUCGCCCCGCAAAGCCUUUAUACUUGGACGAUGUAUACAAUAUCAGAGAUACGGACCGUCCCUACGUAGACGCAGGAUCACGAGCUGAUAAAGAUAAGACUGCCUUGUUCUCUGCAGCGAAAGAGGUCAAGCACUUGACGAGCCACAUUGGAACGGAGAUUGUAGGGUUACAAUUGAAGGAUCUCACGGAUCAGCAGAAAGACGAGCUAGGACUGUUGAUUGCUGAGAGAAGCGUGGUGUUUUUCCGGGAUCAAGAUAUCAGCCCCCAGGAGCAGAAGAAAUUGGGCGAGUGGUACGGAGAAGUGGAGGUGCAUCCUCAAGCACCCUGUGUUCCUGGCGUACCAGGAACGACGGUGAUCUGGCCUGCAUUGCAAGCUACAGAAGUCACCGCAAGCUUCCGCCAGACCGGUGGAGCGUCCAGAUGGCAUACCGACUUGGUACACGAACGCCAACCAGCAGGUGUGACACAUCUCCACAACGACGUUGUACCCAAGAUCGGCGGAGACACGCUUUGGGCCUCCGGUUACGCCGCAUACGAGAAACUCUCCCCUGAAUUCCGCAAAAUCAUCGACGGCAGAGAAGCCAUUUACCGAAGCGCACAUGGCUACCUCUCCCGCGAGAAUCCAGAAGCUGGCCCCAAAUUCAUCGAGCGCGUCCACCCGAUUGUGCGAGUGCACCCUGCAACAGGCUGGAAAGCAUUGUGGGUAAACCGCGCCUAUACAGUCCGCAUCCUGGGUCUCGACAAACCCGAGAGCGAUGUGAUCCUCGGGUACUUGUUCGAUGUGUACGAGAAGAACGUCGAUAUUCAGGUUCGGUUCAAGUGGACGCCCAGGACGUCGGCUUUGUGGGAUAACAGACUUACCAUUCACAAUGCGAGUUGGGACUACGAGGGGAAUGAGCCCAGGCAUGGGACUAGGGUUACGGCACUGGCUGAGAAGCCGUAUUUUCAGAAAGAUGCACCGACGAGGCGACAGGCAUUGGGGUUGGCGGGCCCGGAAGAUGUUUGAUCCAAACAUUUCUUGGAAUUCGUUGUAGUGAUGGCAUCAAUUUGAUGAGAGUCAUGUGAGCACAUGGCGUUCUGCCCAGGUGGUGUUCUUUUGUGUCUCGUGAAUGUAUCUCAACUGAAUUAAGGUAUUGCGUACCGCACAUAUGCACAUAUUCGAU